AUGGAGCACGAGGGACCUGAAACCAACAACUCCUCAUUACUCCGUCAGCGGGUGUCCGCCGAAGCAGACCCACCACUGGGACACUACGUGCCUCCAAACACACUACGCCAACCAACUCGAAGACCGUACUGGAUUAAAGAGACGUUAAUUUCUUUUCAGGCGGCACUCCUGAUCACAGCGUUAGCGAUCGUCUUCAAUGACCGCGCUGUGGACGCGUGGAUGCCCAAUGUCACCAGCGCAGACCAGGUGGCAGUGGAGGCCAAGAACAACGCGGUGACGAUCGUGGAAGGGCCCAAAUAUGAGACACCGCCGCAGCCCAUCCAGCCGGUCAUAGCGAACCAGGCGAACAGCCCGGAGCUCAGGCCCCCGAGUAAACCGCCCAUCGUCACCGCGGACAAGUUCUUCCUCGACCUCCCCAAACAAUAUUACAACCCGGCGCAGAAGCCGCAAGCUCCACCGGUUCACCGCCUCUACACCAAAGACCAGCUCAAGCAGUUGAACUCAGUCUACAAAUACUCCAACGCGAGGCCGAUGCAGCGCGGCAACCUGUACUACAACAAGCCUCCACCCCGACAGCCGCUCCUCUUUGCCGCGACCACCGGCAAACCGACAGUAGCACAGACCCCCAAGUUUAGCAUACCGGUCCAGACCAUCAACGGCAUCCGCACGGACUUCGUGCGACCCCCGCACCUCGCCAGCACCACGACUACGACCACCACGCCAACACCGACGACCACGAGGAGAAUUCUACGAACGAAACGGAUUUGGCCGAAGAGGAUCCUAGAAAAAUUUAAUAACACCACCCAAAACAUUACCGAAAAUAGUAAGGAUACCAGCACGGAUGACGCAGACUUGGCUUCUUCCUCGAGUCGUCCGAGAAUCAGUUUCGCUGAUAAAUCUGUGUCGACGACUACUUCUCAAACGACCACAAGAGGCUACCGCAGAGUUACCAGGACUUCUAAAGUAAAAUACACAACACCAGCGAAUCUUAAUGAUAUAGAACCGAACGACUGGGUCCCAAUUUUGCCAUCACACUUCGCCAACCGAAAACCUAAAACCUCUCAAACCCCUAUGAGUAGACGCUCGGAUAGAUAUUUCGACAGCGACAGUUUCUCAGAGGCGAAUGCGAAAAAUUUACUCUACCUCCAAUCAUACGGUGUACUUCCAGAGAGUCAUCCGGAUCAGAAUGUUGGGCCAGUUGCAUCGGGGAGGAAAAUGGUUUUAUUUCGUAAAAAGAAAAAGGCAAAUCCCUACGCAUUUCCUCCCACGCUCCAGCAACCCCAGUACGCGAUCUCCGCAGAGAGCACGAGAGCCGUUUUCAGCGCACCGCCGGCGCACACACCCGAGUCCUUCCUCUCUCCUCCUUUGAGUUACGAUAACCCACAACCGGAAGAGAGUAUCCCAAGUAUCGUCAAACCGAGCCCCGUCACGAAGGUCAAGCAUCACCACCACCAUCACCAUCACCGGUACGUAAAAACUGUGGAGAAGCCUGUCUCAGUUCCCGUUAAAGUCGAAGUGCCGAAACCGUAUCCGGUAGAAAAGAAAGUUCCGGUACCCGUGCCCGUGGAAAAGGUUAAAGUUGUGGAUAGGCCCUAUCCCGUGCAAGUAGAAAAAAAAGUCCCUUAUCCCGUCACCGUCAGAGUCCCGCAACCUAUUCCCGUUAAGGUAGUAGAGAAAGAGUACGUGCCUAAACCGUUUCCGGUAGUCCACCACGUCCCAUUGGUGAAGCACGUGCCAGUGAGGGUUCCGCACCCUGUGCCCGUACAAGUAGAGAAGAGGAUCCCCUACCCCGUGCGAAUCCCCGUAACCGUCGAGAAGAAAGUUCCGUAUCCGAUCACAGUCGAAAAGCAAGUUCCUUAUCCGUAUCCUGUCAAAGUCUAUGUACCCCAGCCCUACCCAGUCGAAAAAAGAGUCCCCUACCCCGUCGAGGUUAAAGUAAAAGAGCCCUUCCAGGUCAUCAGACACAUAAAAGUACCAGUUCUCAAGCCUUACGCCGUCAAAGUCCCCCAGCCUAUACCCGUCACGAUCGAGAAAAAGGUUCCCUACCCGAUCCGAGUGGAGAAGAAAGUCCCCUAUCGCGUCGAAGUUUUGGUUCCUCAUAAGGUCCACAUAGAGAGAAAAGUCCCCGUUUACAUCCCCAAACCCUAUCCCGUAGAGAAGAAAGUUCCCUAUCCCGUCAAAGUUCCUUACCCCGUUAAAGUUCCGUACCCGGUAAAAGUGCCCGUUAAAGUUCCGGUCGAAGUUCCCGUUCAGGUGCCUGUGUAUAUCCACCAUCCUUUUCAGAUCUUAAACCAGCAGGAGGGCGAGGGCGGCGGCGACAGUCAGUACUACAACUCGCAGUACAACUCGCAGUACGGAUCCGCGGCGUCGGAAGGCCCGUACUACAACGACGGAGUGUCCGAGAGUCCGUAUUACGGGGACGAUGGAGAAGAUGCCGACAGGAUCGGACGCUCGGGCUCCGACCGCGUGACGAGUGCGCCGUUGCACACCGCGGUGACCGUCCACGGCAACACGGGCUACAACGCGGUCAUAUCGCGUUCUGACAGCGACGCCACUACCAUCAACCCCGCGACUACGACGGCGCCUACGAAAUCGUAGUUAGAUACUACCAAAAGACUGAACAAUGCAUGUGACAAUAUGCGUAGAUAAUUUUUUGUGCGAGUGGCUCGGUGCUAGGUGUAGUGAAAAUGGGUGAUGCUGUGAUAUUUGAUGAGUUAUCAUUUUUUAGCGAAGAGUAAUUGUUUCUUUAUUUAUUUAUUUAAUUUUAUUAUAGUUGUUUACCGCCAAAUAUGUAAAUAAGUUUUAGCAGAAAAUAGCGUGUUUUUUAAUUCAAUUAAGAAAAUCUUUUAGUAAA